AUGCAUCAGUUGAAGACAAGUCGCUGGGAAGGCUUGUGAAUGAUGACAACAAAAAGCCUAACUGCAAGAUGAAAACUAUUGAUAUUGGUGGGAUGCCACAUCUGUGCUUGUUUGCAAUAAAAGACAUUACCCCAGGUGAAGAAGUAACUUACAACUAUGGGAAUGCAGACUGGCCUUGGCGCAAGCAGCAGAAAUCAUCACCUGAAGUCAGCGAGCAGACUGUGGAUGAGAGUGACAGACCUCAGCAGAAAUCAUCACCUGAAGUCAGCGAGCAGACUGUGGAUGAGAGUGACAGACCUCAGCAGAAAUCAUCACCUGAAGUCAGCGAGCAGACUGUGGAUGAGAGUGACAGACCUCAGCAGAAAUCAUCACCUGAAGUCAGCGAGCAGACUGUGGAUGAGAGUGACAGACCUCAGCAGAAAUCAUCACCUGAAGUCAGCGAGCAGACUGUGGAUGAGAGUGACAGACCUCAGCUGUUAUCUGGUCCUGUAGAUACAUCAGUAAUGGAAGAUGAGAUCAACUUCAACAGCAGCAAUCCAGGGGCAAAUAACAGCCAUUUUUCAUCUUUCAGUUCUCGAAUGGCCAAACUGAGAAAGCACCAUGAAGAAAGCUUCAAUCGACACAAAAUUGCAGAGGAGCAGCGAAAUGCUGAAGAAAGACGGCAUACCGCGAUUCUGUUAAAGCGUGCACGGCUGGCUCGGGAACUGGCAGAACUGGAUGCUCUUCUGACUUCACAAUCUCCCUUGGAUGAUGCCAUUGAGGACGAGUGUGAUGAUGUUCAAAGAUUUCACAGACACUUCUUAACAGAGACAACUCUAAACGUAAGUGGGAUGACAGUGAGGUACGUGCUGUGGAAAGACACAUGAUGGACUUCAUACACACUUGCAAGGUACCGCAAAAGAUCGACUGUCUGCGGUGUAUCAAUGCAGAGCCUGACGCACUGAGAGACCGCAACUGGACUGGUGUAAAAAAUUACGUCAGAAAUCGAAUCACUGCCUUGAAGAGAAAGGCUUGUGCUAAACAAUAAGAACAGUUUUUGUUGCUU